UCCAUCCAAUUCCGCGCUCUCCAUAAGAUGCUGAACCUUCUGUAUAGUAUUUUCCCGCUAUUUUUAACUUUUUGCUUCUGGAUUUACAAGUUGAGCGUGAGAAAUCAUGACUACUUUAAGAAAAAAGGGUUGCCUUACGUUAAGCCUCAGCCAUUUCUGGGAUCAAUCUUGGAUUUUCUACAAAAGCCCGGUCAUGAAGAAGAAUUACGUCGAUAUCGUGAGUUUGGACCUGUUUAUGGUUUCUUUGAAGGAAACAAGGCAAAUCUUAGUAUAGCUGAUCCAAAUAUACUAAAAGAGAUUUUAGUGAAAAAGUUCCACGUUUUCAAUGGCAGACGAGAGCUGUUCACCGGGGACAUUGUAGUGGAUAAUAUGCUAGCUGUAAUUAGAGGAAAUGAUUGGAAGAGAAUUCGUGAUAUUGUUACUCCAACUUUCACUACAAGCAGAAUAAAAAACACGAUGAAUGUUGUCAAGAACUGCGCUGAAACUAUGAUUCAGAAUUUCCGAGUUUAUGCUGAAGAUGGAAAAUAUGUGAAUGUUAAAAGAAUUUUUGGUGCAUUCACUAUGGACGUCAUUGCCAAGUCAGCUUUUUCUACUACAAUCGAUUCGCAUAACGAUCCAGAUAAUGCAUUCGUGAAUUUUGCGAAGCGGGUCCUGAAUAUGAAGAUGAAUGCGAAAUUCAUCUGUUUUCAUGUGUUUCCAACCUUUCUGAUGAGAUUAUUGCGGAUUUGCAUCACAGAUGUAGAGGCGACGCAUGGUUUGAAGAACCGUGCUCUGGAGAUAAUGAAAACUAGGAAAAAGAACGGGCAGGUUUGCCAUGACUUUUUGCAAAUUUUAAUGGACGCUGCCAAAGAAAAUGAAGAAUCUUUGAACAAUGGAAUCGGAAGUACCAACAGCGAGGAAAACGAUAGAGACAAUAAAUUAUCUAAUAAAGAUGUUCCGAAACGUAUGACAAUGGAUGAAUUAGCCUCUCAGUCUGUGGCUUUCUUCCUAGCCGGCUACGACACCACAGCUUCUACGUUAUCGUUUGCAACCUAUCUGCUUGCCUUAAAUCAGAGUAUCCAAGACAAACUGAGAGACGAAGUGGAUACAGUGCUGGAAGAAUGCAACGGUAAAUUCUCAUAUUAUGUCAUCAAAAAUAUGAAGUACAUGGACAAUGUUUUAGCGGAAACUUUAAGACUGUAUCCACCCAUUUAUAGGUUAGAACGUCAGGCAAAUGCUGAUUGCCGACUAGAUGAUUCGGGGAUCGCCAUACGCAAGGGCAUGCUCGUCACCGUCCCUGUCUAUGCCAUGAAUAGAGAUUCUAAAUACUGGGAAGAUCCCGAGACCUUCAACCCUGACAGGUUCGAGACGACAAAUAAAAAGAAUCCUUAUUUUCUUCCAUUUGGAAGUGGUCCAAAAAAUUGCGUUGGUAUGAGAUUCGCAGAGAUAGAAAUGAAAAUUUGUCUGUUUUACUUAAUGGCCAAUUUCAAGAUUCACAGCUGCCCCAAAACCAAGGUGCCGAUAGAGUUCGACAAAGGUCUUAAUGGACUUUUACAGCCCUUAGAUAUCACACUAAGAUUGGAGAUCCGAGAAAAUCCGCCCUUAAUAGAAUUUGAAGAUGUACAGCCUAAGUGAGAUGGAAGGUAUCAGCGAUUAAUCUCUUGUAGUAAAGUUGAAAGGAUUCUGUUGAACUUUCUUAAAAACUUGAAUUUUCAUUGUAAUCUCGAUUAUGUUGAAAAAUAUUUGUUUCGCAUGGGUAAAAAUGCUUUUGUUUUUGCGAAAUUGUUUUUAUAUAACAUAUUUGUAACUUAUUAAGAAAUUUUUUAUGUGGUAUUAUUUCUGGUUUAUAUUGCCUAUGAUAUUUAAUGCUUUCAGAUAACAUUGCUGAUGUGCGGAUGCUAUUGAAAUGAUUAUUUCAAUAAUGUUCUAAUAGUUUUAACAUUCAAUAUAAUAUUUAUUGUUAUUAUUUACAGAGAUCAUAAUGAAUAUCGGCUUGUAUACAGCAUGGCUUUCUUAAAUAACAUUUAGGGCUUUCUGUACUAGAACUGAUACGGGCCAAACUAGAAACAAUCUUUAACUGUUUUUAUUGCUGUUAUUUUAGAAUACCUUAAUACUGCUUGUAGAGUUUAUUAGAUUCGUGUUUGUAUUUGAUUGUUCAUUUUCUUUUUUAUAUAAAAAUGGAAAAAUUGAAAUUUAUAUAUUUUAGUUUCAUGGUUUUUACUAUUUUAUGUUGUUGAGAGCUCGAACAUAAUCCACUUUUCCGGUUAAAUAUUUUGAUGAAUACUGACCAUCUUCAAAUAAUCUUCAGCUGUUUUUAUUGCUCUUAUUUAAGAAUAGCUUGAUAUUGCUUAUGGAAUUUAUUAGAUUCGUGUUUGUAGUUUAUUGCACUGUAUUUAUUUGCUUGGUCAUU